GAGGAGGACAAUGCAUCUGAUGAAGAUUUUAAGACAUCUUCAUUUGACGAUGAUGAAGAAGAAGAUACUUCCAUUUCCGUUUCGACCGAUAGUGAUUCGAGCUUAGAGGUAUUUCGACGACGUGGCAAGAAAAAUAAAAAGCAACGUAAAGCCGCGAGACGUGCAAUUCGUGAGCGUCGCAAAGAUCGACGCUUCGUGGUAGACGAGAGUGAUGAUGACGAAGAGGAGGAAGAUCGGCCGAAGUCGAAAAAGAAGAAAAGCGAUGAUUGGGACUGCUCUGAGUCGGAGACGGACUCGGAGGCUUCCGAAAAUCUCGAAGAUGUUGAUAGCGCUGACUUGUGCGACGAUACGACGAGCGAAUCUGACGGCGCCUGGUAUCCGUCGAAACGUAAGAAGCAACGUAAAGGCAACAGCUCAAAUGUCGCACGCAAGUCACCGAAACUUAAGAAACAACCGGUUAAGAAAGUCAAACGCGUUGAGUACUCAGAUGAUGAUAUUAGCGAAAGUGAAGAGGAGGAAGAGGAAGAUGAUGAUGACAUUACCGGUGGUAAGGGUUCAGGCAAACAACCGCGUUCGCAACCGCUCAAAUCCAGCAACUCUUCGAAGGGCAAAGGCAAGGGUAAAGGUAAAGGCAAGACCACAGCAUCGAAGAAGAAGAAGAAACAAUCGGAAAAUGAAGACAGCUUUUCGGAUAGUGAGGACAGCACGCGACGCACACGUGGACGUCGCUAUGCAUACUUGGAGGACUUCGACGAUGAGAGCUCUGACGGUGGCAUAAAACCAGGCGUGAAACGACCAGAUACACCGCCCGAAGAGCGCCAGAAAUUCAUACAACGUCAAGAGGAAAUCAAACGUAUGUUGGCCGAAAAGAAUGCUGAGGGCGCAAAAUUGGCCGCCACACCGCGGCUAACGCCGAUCAAAGCGGAUGGCGAAAAAGACAAACGUUCACCGGCCAAGCUGAGUGAUUCGUUGUCGACAGUGCCAUUGUCAGUGAUACGUCAAGCCAAGGCACUGGAUGCGGAGUAUCUGCAGCGGAAGGGCGAAAGUGUUGGCGAUUCGGAUAAUGUCGAUGAGGUGGAUGAGUUCGACGAUGCAGAUUUGCCGGACGAUUUCCCCGAAGACAUGGAUGAGGAUACCAUAGCGCGUAUGGUGGAAGAAGAGGAGGAAUUGAGCGCAGCUGCUGCAGCACGUGACCUACCGCCAGCCGACGAAGUGUUGCGCACACCGACCAAGCAAACAAACAAAUCCAAAGAAACGCCAGCUGUACCAACCGCGCCGCCAGCUGUUGCGCCAACACCACCUGCCAAUCUACCUAGCAAUACUUCCAGUGUCGUUGUAACCAACACACCUGGCGGUCUGGAGAAGACCUCACUGAUAAAUCCAGCGCUCGCCGCGCUUGCACAAAUGCCAGGCGCCAGCUCAGCUGCCGGAGCGCAUCACAUGUCGUCGUCACCUUUGGCGUCCGGCUUACAGGAACCAAUGCGCAAACGCUUACCGAUGCCCACGUUGCAUCCACCACUGCUACGUCAUCAAUUUCCACCACAUGGUGCGAACAUGCCACUCGCACAUCUGCUACAGCGUCAUCCAUCAGCGCAACCACCCACACAUCUGCUACAGAGCGCGCUGAACGCGCCGCUUGGUCAACCACUCAACCGCAGCAGUUUUCCACCACAGCAUUUACCGCGUCUACCGGCGGGCAUGACGGUGGAGCAGAUGUUGGCCGCGCAACACCUUAUGUCCGCUGCAGCGGCGCGCCACAAUCUCCCGCCCACAACGCAACCAUUGCCGGGCGCGUCUGCUACACGUGAAGCGUUGCUUGCGACCAGCGGCAGCGCUGGUAGUGGUCCGCCCGUUGGCGGCGCGAGUGCCAGCAGUGUUCCGCCGUCUGCGCCCACAGCCGGUGUCAAUAAGGCCGAAACGGAACCUAAACCGCGCGGUAGACGGAAAAAGAUUACGCCGCUGCGUGAUACAUUGCAAAAACAGCAAACCGCUGCUGCUGUUACCGCAGCAACAACACAAUCGGAUAAAGCAAGUGAAUCGCCCGCAAGUAAUGGUGCCGGCGGCAGCGUAAUAAAGUCAGCACUGUCCGCCUCAGCUAACGCGCCGCCGCCACAACUGUACAAGCAACAAGAAGGCCCCAACGUCAGCGGUGCCCCUACAGUCUCGCAAGCAUCCGUAAUUACGCGUAUGCCGCAACUACCUGCAGCCGCCGCGCAUGCAAGCGUCGUGCGCGCCAUGAGCAAUUUAUAUCCCGGCGCUGAUGUUGCCCGCUUCUUUGCACCGCCAACCUCGCUGGCUGCCGUGACUGGCGCUCGGCCACCGCCUUCCAUGUCACGGCAUCGUGAUGGUCCCGGUAUGCCGGGUCUGCCGCCACAUGGUAUGCGUCAAAGCUAUGGCCCACCGCCGCCAUUGCGUGGCAGCGUCUCAUCCUUGACAAAUCAUGGUCCGCCGCCGCAGGGUAGUGUUGGCGAACGCCCGACUUAUCCAGCGCCGGGUGAUCAUCAUGUGCCGGGCGGCAUGGGCGCCAGCAUGUAUGGCGGUCCGCCACCACCAGCGCGUCAUUCUACGUCACAUUUAAAUCCAUAUCGGCCUCCCAUAUACGGUAACCCAAGCUUUGUGCCACGUGGACCGCAUGUGCCGAAUCUACGAGUUCCAGUAAGUGGCGCACCGGAGUUUGCCAGUGGCCCACGCACUUAUUCACCAUAUGGUUAUUAUCCACCACCUCCACCAUUAACCACACCACAUGGGCCACCCAUGCAGCGACCGCCUACAUCUACGCCAGCGCCUACAUCUCGCGGCGGCGGUGGUGGCCCGCCACCAACAACAGCAGCAACUAUUUCAGCGCCACCCGUACCGCCAACAAUAGUAUCCGCUGCAGCCAGCGCAGCAGCAGCAAUCACAACAACACCAAUAGCUACCACAAAAACAAGCGUGCCAGCAAGCGCAAUCACAACAACUAUAGCGAAACCAAGCUCAGUCAUCGUAGCAGCGCCACCAUCAAGCGCCAGCGCCAACUUGAACAAGAGUAAUAUUGUACAAAAGUCACCAUCAAGACCAACACCAACCAUAAUACAAGCGCCAACAUCAACACCCAUACAAGCAACAACAACAACAACACCACAAACUACAACACCCGCGGCAAUACCAACGCGUGCAAUAGUGACUGAAGCCGCUGUAAGCGCACCCGUCGCCACCAUAGUCAACAGCAAAGGGCCAAUUGUUACGGCAACCGUGGCAGCAGCAGCAGCACCAGCCGUUGUCAGUGAACCACAAGCGCCGCCACGUAAGAAACUCACCACACUGGAAACCUACGCGGUGGCACACACCAAAUCACCGCUCGUCAUAGCGGGUGAGUCGUCGGGUUCGCGCAGCUCACCGGGCGGCAUACAAGCCGAUGUGGCUGAUGACUCCUCAUCAGCACAGGGAACAACCACGGCCGCGGUUGCAGCCGACAGCGGUGAGGGGCAAGCGAGCGAAUUUAGCGGGCUUGUCAGCUACUUUAGCUCACAGCACGACGACUACAACACAUAACAACACACGCGCACGAACAUUGUUAACGCGUUGUUGCGCGGCUUUUAGAUGCAAUAAGGGCAUACGAGUAGUGGUCGGCUAGUUGUAGAUAAUUAUAUGCGCGUGGCUGCGCGCCCGUUAGCAAAUAUUAAUAUUUUCUGUAUUCGAAUAUGUGUAUGUGUUAGGCGUAGUUGAUUUAUUUAAAUAUUUUUUAGGUUUUUUUGUGCAACAUUCAACGCAAUGUGGGCAUAACGCAGGCACGUUUAGGCAAUCAGGCAGCAAGCGGGCGGCUAAAACUCCGCAAAGUCAAAGUUCUAGCGUGCGUGGUGCUUUGGUUGAAGUCUAGUGUUGCAUACUUUUAGUAAAUACAUACAUACAUACACAGGCACGCUGCACGCGCUAAAUACUUGCUAAUUGUGUUUAUUAAAUGUUUAGGCCACUUAUUGGAAAUUUAAUAUUGAACAAAUAGCUCCUCGGUACAUCACUACAGUGAAAAAAAUAAAAAUAAAAACAUGAAAAAAA